UUUGGUCGAUACGGUCCGAUUGUUGACGUUUACGUUCCCCUCGAUUUCUACACUCGUCGUCCCAGGGGGUUUGCUUAUGUUCAAUAUCCUUUCUUCAUUUGCCUGGUUGGUGAAGUUUUCACAUAAGAACCAAAAGAGAUUGUAAAGCUGUACAGUAAUGGCGAAACCACAAAGCAAGGAAAAAAAGCAUUUUAGAGUAGCAUUCAUCUCUUAAGACAAGUAGACAAACGAAAGACAUCUUUAUGAUGAGGCUUCAAGAUAAAAAGGGAAAGUGGGAAAAGAAAAGCUGGAAGAAGGACAAGACAUAAUUGGAGCAAAGCUUUGAUUAAGCCACAAAAAAGGGAAUGUUAAAUUUUGAAAGUUAAAGCUAAAGCCAUCUGUCAUAAUUGGCAAGCACCUCAUAUCAAGUCCUUCUGGCGAGCACUUAGAAUUAAAGGUCAAGAUGACGAAUGAUGGCAAAGAUUACAGGAGCCAUGUCUCAUAUGUCAGAGAUGCUGAAGAUGCUUUACACAACCUGGAUAAGAAAUGGAUUUGUGGACGUCAGAUUGAAAUUCAGUUUGCACAAGGAGACAGAAAAACACCAAAUCAAAUGAAAGCCAAAGAAGGAAGAGAUGAUUAUGACAGAUCCAGAAGAUCAAGAAGUCGCAGCUAUGAGAGGAGGCGGUCUAGGAGCCGUUCUGUUGAACAGCACUAUGGAAGGUCUUCCAGCCCUAGGGGACGAGGAUCACAAAGACAGCGUCGUAGCAGAAGCCGUUCGGACCGUGGAAAGUUUAGUCGCCACCAGCAAUCUCGUUCUAGAUCUAAAUCAAAUUCUCGCUCACGCUCCAAGUCCCCACCAAAGACAGAAGUGAGAGAGCAUCGUUCCGGUUCCAGAUCAAAUUCCAGGUCCCGAGGGCACUCCAAAUCAGACAGCAAACCAAAUAAAGCAAGUUCAAAAUGCAACAGGGAGUCGAGAGAACAAGAGCCAUCAAAAUCUCGUUCCCGGUCUCAGUCAAGAUCGCGCUCAAGAUCAAGGUCUUGGAAUAGUCACAAAUCCAGUGGUCGUUAAAGCUGCUCCCUUGAGCAUUUUGUUUUUAACAGAAAUGUGAAUUUUCUUUUUUUAUAUAUAUCAAAGAUGCAACUAUUACAACUUGGUUUAUUCCGUCUAUUAACGAUCAGAACAUCAACAAUGUUAAAGGCUGUUAUGCAAAUGCAACAGUUUGCUCUUAAAAAUGCUUGAACAGGUACAUUAUAAGACCUUACUCUUUACUCAUAGGUAAUUCAAUAUAUACUGUUUUAAAAGCAAGCUGGUACAAAAUUUUAAGCGUUGUGUUUUUUGGCAGAAAGUUCAAUUCAUAAAGUUUUCAUUGUAUGCCCUCCUGUAACGGUGGGUUCUGUGUUCUUUAGUUAAAAUGAUGCAGUCUUAAAGGGAAAAUGCACAAUAAACAACCUUUUAGUUU